CACAAGUACAAAUGAUUAGAGUUCUUUCGUAAUUUGUUACUCAACAGGUGCAACCAUAGAACAGGGUCAUAAUCUUAAAAUACGGCCCUUCAUAGAGGUUCUGUACGCAUUUGAUUUACCUCUCUCCAUAGUCAUCGCAGUCUCACCACCUCGUCUUCUCGGUUUCCCUACCACUCAAUCUCAAUUAGUUCUCCUACCAUAGACCUUCCCUCUUAUACGAUCUCGAAUUUUCGCUCCACAAUAUCCCUUUCCGUAGUCUCGGUAACUUGUAUGGAUCGGCGUCUCCGGAAUAGAAAAACAACUGCAAGAAUAGCCAAUAGAAUGAUGCCGGUCUCGAAACCGAAUGCAGCAGCAUCUUUGCUGAACAGUAAGGACAUGGACGUAUUCGAUGGUGAGUGGGGUGGUAUUGUGGAAAGAUGUACAGAUUCUGUCGUGAAGAUGCUUCGUAGCGUUGUAGCUCUCGAUACGAUACUGUUGACUUCGUUCUCCGCAUCGAGAUGGGGUUUAAGGCGCUCGAAUUUUCCUUUACUCAUUAUAUAUAUGUGUGUGUGUUUGUUUUUGUUUGUUUGUUUGUACUAGGCUUCUUUCUCCCGGAUUUAAGUCGACUUUUCUCCAGUAUGGAAAAUAUCCCCAAGAAAAGGAAAAGUUGCUACCGGCUAAGACAACAAAGCGAAAGCAAUGAAAAGAAACGGCGGUACGCUCGAAAUAUAAGCACCAGGCGAGUAGGUCCUCGUAUUGAGCCCAGCAAACCUGUGGGGUGCGGCCAUUGGCAUGGACGCAAUUCAGGCUAUUUACCGAAGUUACCGUAUCGCACGAAUCAUAAUGUGAGUAGAGCGCCUUGUCAAUAUUUCUGCUCUGUUUCCGGUAAGAUGAAAUCGUCUUUUACGGUGAAAGGGGAAUGGGAGCUGGUUGCAGCUGAGAAA